AUGGCUUCCGCGGUGGCCGCUUCGACCGCCACGCGGUUCCUCCCGCGGCUCCCGGACCCGUGGUGGCCGCGUCGUGCGCGCGCAGCGCUCCCGCCGCUCACGUGGCGGCCUCCCGCGGUCACGGUGGUCGCCGCGACGUCCCGCCCUGGGGAAGCGGAAGAGAAGGAGACGCUAAAUUCUACUCCACGCGCUCAAACCAACAAGGGUGCGGAGCCCGUACCGGCAUCCAGCACGAACAGGAAAGGUGCCAUUAGAAGGGUGACACUGGUGGUUCUUGCUGCGGUGGUUUUUGGAGUUAGCAUUGCCUUGAGGGACGGGGCUGAGAAGGCAUCAGAGUAUUUUGCUGGGUAUUUAUUGGAACAGAGUUUGUCGGUGGACAAUCUCUUUGUUUUUAUUCUGGUCUUUAAGUAUUUCAAAGUGCCAAAUGAAUACCAGAAUCGAGUACUUUCUUAUGGUAUUGCUGGAGCUGUGAUCUUUCGGGCUGUGAUGAUCAUCUUAGGAACAGCUACCAUCCAGAAAUUUGAGGCAGUGAACUUGCUGUUGGCUUUGAUCCUGUUAUUCACUUCUUACAAGCUAUUUGCUGCUGAAGAAGAAGAAUCUGAUCUAUCCGACAACUUCAUUGUGAAAACAUGCCAAAAGUUCAUUCCAGUCACUGAUUAUUAUGAUGAUGAACAGUUUUUCACAAAUCAAGAUGGUUUAUGGAAAGCUACACCAUUGCUCUUGACUUUGGCAGUGAUUGAGCUGAGUGAUAUUGCUUUUGCCAUUGACUCAAUACCAGCAGUUUUUGGCGUCACAAGGGAUCCACUUAUAAUACUAUCAUCAAAUAUUUUUGCUAUUGCUGGUUUGCGGUCGCUUUAUGUGCUCAUUUCUGAAAGCAUGGGUGAAUUGGAGUAUCUACAGCCUGCCAUUGGUAUCGUGUUGGGCUUCAUAGGGACAAAGAUGAUCUUUGACUUUUUUGGUUAUCAUAUACCAACAGAAGCUUCGCUUGCUAUUGUAACUACCUGUCUUAGUGGAGGCGUCAUAUUAAGUCUUAGGAAAGCAUCAAAAGAGGAAGGGGACAAGUAG